UGCUGUUACUACUACAGCUACAAUUACAGCUGCUACUACUACUGCUGCUCCAACUACUACUGCAACAAGGAGGCCAGAUAUGACGUGGACUGUCCAGCUCUUGUGCCUGCUUGUGUGUUUGGCGCCGGUGAGUUGCGUAGAGGAGAUGUUUCGUGGCGUGGAUCCGGUGAGCGGGGCGGAGGUCAUGUGCCAUCAGUGUCCGCCGGGUCAGUUCCUCCGGCAGCGCUGCACGGCGGCGCAGCAGAGCGUGUGUGAAGACUGCCCCCCCGGAUCAUUCACGGCGCUGUGGAACCACAUCAGCCGCUGUCUGCGCUGCGGCGUCUGCGGCCGCAACAUGGAGGAAACGCGCAGCUGCAGUCGAGACCGAGACUGUGACUGUCAGUGUAAACACGGCUACUUCUACAGCCAGCGCGCGGGAAUGUGUGUGCGCUGGAGCGAGUGCGCCACGGGACAAGGAGUCACUGCGCCAGGAAGUCCAUUUGAGGACAUAGUCUGUGCUCUGUGUGCAAAUGGGACAUUCUCAGACCAGGUAUCCUCUGAGUCCACAUGCUCCGCCCACAAGACAUGCUCCGCGCACGAGAAGGCCAUUAUCAAGGGCAACAGUUGGCAUGAUGCUGUGUGCGCCACCUGCCAGGAAGCAAGGCAUAAAGACCCCGAGGACAUCUUGAGAACCAUCUUGCCGUCCUUCUUCUCUCACCAUACCCUGUCACUGCGUCGUCUUCGUCAUGUGGUGAGUAAACUGCCCUCUGUUCAGGGGAGAGUGCUACGACGACGUAGCCUCUCAGGACUAAAUCAGGAUCAGCUCAGGAGCAGACUGGACCUGUGGAUCCGGGAAUCCCAUCCAGACUAUUUCAGAACUCUGCACAAGAUCUUGCAGGAGACCGGGGCCGCGUACACAGCAGAGAAACUACAACACAAACUGGACCGCAUCAAAUCCGCACUGAACCACAUUUGCCCUAAUGGAAACGGGACUGAAUUAGAACUAAACCAGGUAUAAACCAGGAUUGAACUGGGACUGAACCAGGACUAAACCAGGACCAAAUCAAGACUAAACCAAGACUAAACCAUGACUGAACCGGGACUGAACCAGGACUGAACCGGGACUGAACUGGGACCGAACCGGGACUAAACCGGGACUAAACCGGGUCUAAACCGCCAUGGGAAAACCAGGUGUAGACGAGGAGUAGGACUGAAACAGGAGGUGAAACAGGAGAUGUUGAAGACCUGGUUUAGACCUUGUUUAGCACAAGAUCUAAACCAGGACUAAACGAGGUCUAAACGAGGUCUGACCUGCACAGUCUACUCUGCUGAUAUAAUUUCAGAUGUUGUUGUUCAGAUCUGUGUUUGUUGUUGUAGUAAAUACAGAAGGCCAGUGCUGUGUUUGUGUCGAUGAAUUGUUUAACAUGUUUAACUGACUCUUGUGAGCUUUAGGUUAUGUUAGAAUGUUGUUUCCUCGUCACAGACAGACCUGGAGUUGUGUUUGGUUUCAUUCACACAUGUUUGAGUAACACUUUAUUAUUAAUCUGCCUGCAUCUCUAAAGCCUAAAAUGCUCUGUUCCAACUUGUGAUGUCAUGAAGUAGUAGUUUUCAAGUUAAAUUUUUACCUUUUCCAUGAGUUCAGCAGAGAUUGUCAAUUCUAGGAAUAGAAUUAUACAAAUGAAAAUAUGCAGGGUUUGUAUGUGUGAAUGAAACAAAACACGACUCCAGGUCUGUUUGUGAUGAGGAAACACCAUUAGAACAGAUUAGAAAACAGUGUAAUUUAAAAUGUUUUGUGAAACCUCUGCUCUUAAGAGUUUACACUGUCAUUUAUUUGAAUACAGUUUGUUUACACUUGUCCAGCAGGGGGAGUCAACAGGGGAAGACAAAGGGGGUCUGUUGUCCCGGGUCCCAGGAUUGUAGGGGUUUAGAAUUGGACCCUCUUUUUAUUAAUUUAUAUUAGAGGGGAGGGGGGGUCCAUGUGAGGUUUGACCUGGUUUAUGGUUUAUAUCUCUGUAAUCACCGGGCCUAUCCACAUGAAACAAAAACUGACACAAAGUCCAACAUCUCUGUCAGUAUCAAUAAACAAAAGUCAAAUGAUUUUUUUCACAAGCUUCAGAAAGUGCUGCCAUUAUUCAACCCCAAAAACAUGAACGUUGUCAGCUGAAAGGACUUUAAACUUUGAAAAGAUUAAUAUGACAAGUUUGUGGAGCCAAUCCCAAACAAAUAAUGAGAAGGGUCAACAUUUGUGGAUCAUAAUUUUGGAGAUUUCUUUAAAAAUAGUGAAUCUCUCAAAUAGUUAUAUAAGCCCCGCCCUCCAUCAUCACAUUCUAGGAUAGAAUAGUGUCUAAUGAUAGUGUCUAACCAGGCUCAUGCUUCAUGUUUCACUGCAUUAAACUCGCUAUAGCCACUUUACUUUAUCACAACUGUGAGGUAUUUUAAAAGGUGCAAUAUGUAACUUUUCUAGUAGGAGUUCUCUGUUACAGCUUGUCUCCAUGAAGUGUCAUUGUGUCAAUUUUAUUCACCUGGAAUGUUCCACGUAUGGCCUCAAAUAUACCAAUCUUACGUUCUGAUUGUUUUUAAUACUUUGAAUAACAAGCAUCGUAACUGUGAGUGGGCUCGCCUCUCCACAGAUCUGACCUGUAACUUCUAAAUAGAUUUUGUGUUAGCAGUUAACUGUACAUAUGCUCUACAGAUAAACUUGCGUCCUCUCUAUGGAAACAAGCAAGUGGUGGAACUUGAUGCCAGAAAAGUUACAUUGUGGACACAUUACAUUAGGUUAUGCAUUCAAUGUGUUAUAUAUUUCACCAUUUCUGUUGUAAAUAUUGAAACUACCUCCACCUAUUUUACCUUUGGCCCGUUGUUUCAUCUUGAAUUUUGCACUAUUUUAUUUUGUGAAUGUGGUUUUGCUGAUGAUGAUGAGUGUCAAUAAAACAGAAAAAUACUG